UCCCAAUUAUAAAAAUACUACAUGAUCAACCUACUGCGAUCUCACACUUGUUAUAAGUCCAUCUUCUACAUGAACAGACCACAGAGUUGUGUUAGAGCUUUGUUUGUGGGGUGUCUGUUUCUAUUGCUCUUGUGGAGGGGAGAGAAUGGGCAAGCAUGGUUCCUUGGCGAUGAGGACAGACCGAGUUGCGAGCGAUUUGAUAGCGUCGGAUCUGAAAGAGAUGAGCUACGCUGCCAAGAAGCUCAUGAAUCAUGCGAUCGAGUUGAGGAGCUCUGGAUUGGGGACUACCAUUCUUGAAUGUGUUGCAUCUGUCGCCGCCAUCUACUUGCUGGUCUUGGACCGGACACACUGGAGGACGAACAUGCUCACGUCCCUGUUGAUCCCCUACAUCUUCUUGAGCCUCCCUUCGUUGUUGUUCUCCAUUCUCAGGGGAGAGAUUGGCAAGUGGAUUGCUUUCGUCGCAGUCGUCCUGCGCCUUUUCUUUCCUCGGCACUUCCCAGAUUGGCUGGAGAUGCCCGGCGCUCUGAUUCUCCUGAUAGUGGUGGCUCCGAGCCUGUUCGCGAGCACCAUAAAGGGGAGCUGGAUCGGGGUGGCCAUCUGCCUCGCCAUCGCGUGUUACUUGCUGCAAGAGCACAUCCGAGCCUCCGGCGGGUUCCGCAACUCGUUCACGAAAGCGAACGGCAUCUCUAACACGGUCGGCUUGAUCAUCCUGUUCGUCUACCCGGCGUGGGCAUUGGUGGUCGACAUCCUGUAGGCUGAUUUUGACAAUUUGCUGAUUCCCACCGUGGUUGGUAAUGGGGGACUCGUGUUGCUCGUUUGAUGUCAUUUUCCAGGGACUUGUUUUUUACCACUGUUGGAAUCCAAAUUGACCUGUAAAAAACGUGUGGGACCAAAUACUUCAUGAAAGGAAUGUUGGGGUUCCGGGCGGUGGGCGGCUGUGUCGUGCUG